AUGUCGGCGGCGCCUCUUGUUUUUGCCGUCCUGGCCGGUGUGUUGACCACCCUCGUUGCCGCCUCUGGUAUCAACCUGAUAUUCAAGAUACUGCCCUCGCGCUAUCAUGCGGCAGAGAAUCCCAAGGAUGACCACAUCCAGAUCCUAGUCUUGGGUGACAUAGGCCGAAGCCCUCGCAUGCAGUAUCAUGCACUAAGCGUCAUGAAGCACGGAGGAAAAGUUGACCUCGUGGGCUACAAGGAAACAGCCCGUCAUCCUGAUCUCGUAGGCAAUGACAGAGUCACUUUGUACCCUCUGCCAGCACUUCCAAGCGUUUUCAAAUGGAACACGUUGCCCCUCUUGAUCAACAAGCCUGCCAAAGUCGUCUGGCAGGCUUGGUCUAUCUUCUACGUGCUGGCUUACACGGCGCCUCCAGCUCGAUGGAUCAUUAUUCAGAAUCCACCAUCGAUUCCAACAUUGCAUCUGGCUCUACUUAUAUCCCUACUGAGGGGCAGUCACCUGCUUAUUGAUUGGCACAACUAUGGCUGGUCCAUCAUGGCUACCGGUCGCAGCAGGAAGAACCCCUUGGUAUGGAUGUACAAGAAGUACGAGACCUUUUUUGGAAGGAUUGUGCCUACAGCCAACCUCACCGUCACUCAAGCCAUGGCCCGCCAACUCCGCGAGAAGCCUUACAACAAUAAGAAGCCUAUUCAUGUGUUGCAUGACCGUCCUGCUGAAGUUUUCCAGCCCAUUCAGUCGGCUGGUGCUCGCAAAGAUUUCCUUUCUCGUCUUAAAGAAACCAAAGACUUUGCCGAUGCUAUUCUGGAGGGUACCACCCGCCUCAUCGUCAGCAGUACCUCAUGGACACCUGACGAAGACUUUGGCUUGCUGCUGGAUGCAUUGGUAGCAUAUGCGCACCCUGAGGAGGCCGUUACCGAGAAUGGAGUUGGAAGGCCUCACAUUCUAGCCAUCAUCACCGGCAAGGGCCCUCAAAAAGCCGAAUAUGAGGAAAAGAUCAAGACUUUACGCCUAGAGGGCAAGCUGCCGGGUAUUACGAUUCUUACGACAUGGCUAUCGACACGGGAAUAUGCCACCCUUCUCGCCUGCGCGGACCUCGGUGUCUGCCUGCACAUGUCCAGCUCUGGCGUGGAUUUACCAAUGAAAGUAGUAGACAUGUUCGGUUCCGGUCUGCCAGUCGCCGCCUACUCGGCCUAUGAGAGUUUCGGUGAGCUUGUCAAGGAGGGUGAAAAUGGAUGCGGCUUUGAGACUGCUACCGAGUUAGCCGAGGUUUUAAUUCGACUGCUGAGUGAGAGUGGUAGGGAGGAGUUGAAGAAUUUGAAGGCUGGUGCUGUGAAGGAAGGCAGCCUUAGAUGGGACGAGGAGUGGGAUCGCGUCGUUGGCCGGGUUGUUGGAGUUAUUGACAUCUGA